GCCAGAUGAAACCCUCAGAUAUCAGUCAGCUCUCCUGGUCCUUCUUCACCCUGCUGACAGCUGCUUGCCAGAGUCCAGAUGAAUGCCAAAGAGAAUUACCGAUCCUUUUUGGGAAAUCAGAUUUUCACACCUUUCAUGAGUGUGUAUGUGGCGCAGGUCUCCAGAGACAGUGUGAGGGGGAAACUGACUUUGAGGAGCAGCGGUGUGUGAAUCUCUGCGGUGUCACUCCUCUGCUGCCAAUGACAUAUUUAGGUUGGACCUGAUUCAUAAAUAAGGAAGAGGGCCGUAGUCCUGCUGCUCUGUGUCUUAGAGCCUGAGGUGGGGUGAAAACUGUCUGAGGAGCUCUCCAGUCAGAAGACACAAGGGGGAAGAGACAGAGAGAGUGAAGCUCCCUCCAGGAUCCGAUGAUUACAGGGCAGCUGAGCAAGCCGCUGCUCUCCCUGCGCAGCGACAUGAGCGCGGCAGAACUCCGGGCGGACGACAAAGCGGCCACCCCAGACAGCGAUCUCAACGACGAGCCCCUGCUCCUGCCCUCCGAGGCCACGGACAGGGAGGGCACUCCCAACAAGCUGUACGGAGCCCGUGACGGUUCGGUCCAGUCUGACGUCAGCAGCAGUCCUGAGCAGAGUCAGCUGGGUCAGUCUCACCCAGGAUACCCAAUGGGUCCACAGUCUCUCCUGGUAGCCCAGCAGCUGGCCAACGCAGUAGGUGGCGUUAUGUCCGGGGCAGCGCCGGGUAUGAAUCAGCCCAUCCUCAUCCCUUUUAACGCAGGCGGACAUCUGGGUGGGCAGCAGGGCCUCGUCCUCUCCCUGCCCACGGCCAACCUCCAGAGCCUGGUGGCUGCUGCUACUGCAGGGGGCAUCAUGACACUCCCCCUCCAGAACCUGCAAGCUACCUCAUCACUGAACUCCCAGCUCCAGCACCUGCAGCAGCUCCAACAGAUGCAGCAGCACCACCAGCAGCAACAGCAGCAGCAGCAGCAGCAGCAGCAGCAGCAGCAACAACACCAACAUCAGCAGCAACAGCAGCAUCACCAUCACCAACAGACCCACUCCCACACCCAGAACCAGCUGUCAUCCCAGCAUCACAUGACCCCGCCCAGCCAGCAGCAGUCAUCCGUCCCGUCCCCGGGCUCCGCAUGCUCCUCCACCUCUGGACAGCCGCAGCAGUCCCCGCCACACCGGCCUAACCAGUCACCGGCCCGCAGCCUUCCUUCACCCGUCACCCCGCCCAUGCCUUUGUCGCUGAAUCCUCUGGCCAGCCAGGCGGCGGUAGCGGCGGCAGCAGCCAUGGGAUCCAUCGCCGGUUCUCAGGUGUUUGGCAACACCCUCUCAAACCUGCAAGGAGCCACCGGACAGCUGGUCACCAACGCACAAGGACAGAUAAUUGGAACAAUCCCACUGAUGCCCAACUCUGCAGGGCCCUCCAGCCAAUCAGGGGGUGGCAACCCAGCACUGCAGGUACAGCCAAUUACACCUCAGCUUCUGACCAACGCUCAAGGCCAGAUCAUCGCCACGGUGAUCGGCAAUCAGAUCCUGCCUGUCAUCAACACCCAGGGAAUCACGCUGUCACCAAUCAAGCCUGGACAGCAGCUGCCUCAGGCUCAGCAGGGUCAGACAGGCCCUGCAUCGUCUCAGCCCAACCUGCUCCACAUGCCCCACAGACAGAGUCCUCUCCACCAGGCCUCCUCCUCCUCCUCCACCUCCUCCUCUUCCUCGGCUCUCAGCGUGGGGCAGCUGGUCAGCAACCCGCAGACCGCCCCCAGCGAGGUGGACGGGGUCAACCUGGAGGAGAUUCGUGAAUUCGCCAAAGCAUUCAAGAUCCGCCGCCUGUCCCUGGGCCUGACACAGACUCAGGUGGGCCAGGCGCUCAGCGCAGCCGAGGGGCCGGCUUACAGCCAGUCUGCCAUCUGCAGACACACCAUCCUGAGAAGCCACUUUUUCCUACCACAGGAAGCCCAAGAGAACACUAUAGGUAGCAGUCUGACAGGCAAACUGAACCCUGGCCUUUUAUAUCCUGCCAGGUUUGAGAAGUUGGACAUCACCCCUAAAAGCGCCCAGAAGAUUAAGCCCGUUCUGGAGCGCUGGAUGGCCGAGGCUGAAGCCCGCCACCGAUCCGGCAUGCAGAACCUGACUGAGUUUAUCGGCAGCGAGCCUUCGAAAAAACGCAAGCGGAGGACCUCUUUCACCCCGCAGGCGCUCGAGAUCCUCAACAGCCACUUUGAGAAGAACACGCACCCCUCCGGACAGGAAAUGACGGAAAUAGCCGAGAAACUGAACUAUGACAGGGAGGUGGUGCGUGUCUGGUUCUGCAACAAGAGGCAAGCCUUGAAAAACACAAUAAAGCGUUUGAAACAGCCCGACAUCGGCCCCGCUGCACCGAUGGACCCUCUCACUGAUUCUCUAGAGGAGCUCCCGAAAUGAACGAGCUCUCCGGGAUAAAAAAAAAAAAAUUAAAAAAAAAAAAAAGUGGAGUGGAAAAGUGGCAGCCAUUAAAAAAACAAGGUGGAUGAACUCAUCUUGAUAUGAGAACUGAAAAAUGUUCCCGAGUCACCUGGAUGGACAGUCAUGAGUUUGCAAACAAAAACUAUGUGUUGUCAGUGUGAUUACCACAGUUAUGUAAAUGACCUUGGCGAAAACCAAAAACAUGAAAAAAGAGAUUAAUAUCUGAGAAUUAUGUAAAAACAUACGGUGUGCUGUUUCAAAGAGUUUUAGAUUCUGGCCUUACAGACCAGACUAUUGCCCAAAAUUUUGGUUCCCACGACGAAGGAGGGAUUUAGUAAAGAGAUCAUACCAAAUCAAAACACUAUUUACCAAAGUCUGUUGCAUCUGAGUACUAAGAAUAAUUUUGUAAUGUAAAUGUGCUCUAAAUUUUUACAUUUGUACUGGCAAAUCUAAGCUAUAUGUGUGAGGUUGAGUAUACAUUUUAUCUUUGUCUCGCUUACUUUUUUCUUCAUUGUUUGUAUGUAAAUAUCUUUAAAAAAAAACAAAAAAAAAAAAGAAAGAAAAAUUCUGUCUUCAAAAUUUAAAUCACACUGAUAAAAGUUUCUCUUUUUGGACAAAAAAAAAAAAAAAAUUUACCUUUGCUGUUAAACAAUUGCAUAAUAAUGUUGUUUGCCUCUGAUUUGUGUUUCAUCUGCAAAUAUUUUCAGUCACGGUGUAACUUUGUACAACUUUUACAGGUAUUUAUUAAUGAUUUCAUGAGAUUGUUGCAGAGGAUGGACGGAGAGUAAACUAAGGACUGUCACAUGAUGAUGAUGAUGAUGAUGAUGAUGAUGAUGAUGAGGAGGGGUUUCAGUGUCUGUCAAGUCUACUGCAGCUUCGUUUUGAGCUACUGUGUCAUUCUGUUGCCAAAGCCUGAUAGCCAAAGAACACAAACAUCAGCUCAAGGACUGGGGAAAGAUUUUACCUUUUUAUUUGUUCACAUGGCUUUCUCUCUCCCCCCCUCCCCUCCCCUCCCUCCCCUCCCCCUUUUUUCUAAAGUGUUUUACUCUGUGGGUCACGUUUAACAAAAAACACAAAAAAAAAAACCAAACACUGUCAUGUCAAACAGCUGCAACAGUGUCUGUUGUAACUCCUUGUUGUGGCGAUAUAGGGGGGAAAAAAAGCUGAAUUUUCUUUGCAUGUUUCAAAUAAAAACCACAUGAAGAUUAACAAUUUACAGACUUAGCCCAAAAGUUAACUUAUUAUUGAAAGGAUUUUGAUAAUAUCACUGAAAAUAACAUUAUUUUACACACUAAACCCUUUAAUUAUGCCCAAGAAUUAAGUAAACGUGUGUGGUUGAAGCCUGUUUGAUGCCACUGACCAAAAUACUGAGCUCAUUCCAGUUCAGCUGCUUUUAUAAAUUUCAAAUAUUAUUUUCUGCAAAGAUAUGAAACUGUUUUGUUUUUUUCUGCAUUCCUGAGUGAAGUGAAGGUUUACAGAUGUUACAAUCAAUGUGUUGUUUUUUUUCCUCAUGUAAAAACUGAUUUCUAAUACAGCGAACUGCUUAAAAAGGUUCAUUUCAACAGUUUUUCUUCAAGAUUUUAUGUAUUUGUGGUUAUUUUUUUUUAUCACAAUUUGCAUGGAUGGAAAUUAAUUUCAGUCCACUAGUGUGUUAAUGAAUUAACUCUCCUUCACUGUGUACUAAACUGUUCAUUUCACGUGUGAGAAAUGACAAUAAUCCAGACGAGAACCUCCCAGAUCGUCCGUCCGUCACUACAAAUGUUCGGCUCUUACAAAAAAAAACCCUCACAGGAAAGACAAGAGAAAAAGAGGUGAAUGUUGAGAAUAAGUGUCACAUGUCAGAACGACUGAACUUAAUUUGAAGUGAGGUGAAAUUUGAUGCAAUUUAUUCAGAAUCAUGUGUCUUCUCGAUAUCUGUCCCUCCAUGUCACAUUGGUUUCCUCAGCCUUUCAGUCCGCCCUGUGCACGGCUGUGUUCUUCUUCACUGCCUGGAAAACACGCACACGCUCGGUAAAUGUUAGAAAAAUACACAGAAAAACGUGUAAAAGAAAGGAAACUGUUUCUUUAGGAGAUAUAAUUUUGAUUAUACUGUAAAUUCAAGUGUUUUAACUAAAUUGUCAUCUGCACGUCUACAGCGACACCUACUUGUUUUCACAGAUUUUAAUCAUUUUGCUACUAAAGAGGAAAAUGCUUUAUUUCAUUCAGGCAAAUCUUUGGCCAAGUCUGCACCAUCAGUCAUAGAUGAAUAUAUGAGAAAGCAGCAGGCUCCUGCAGGUAGAUCACGGUUCAGUUCUGAGGCUUAACAGUGAAUCUGUAACCAAAACCAAAAAGAUUUGUACUAAUAAUUUAAAAAAAAAAAAAAGACAGAAAGGAGUUAUGCCUUUGCUCAACUUUUCAAUGCUGGACCAAAGCUCUAUAGUUAUGCACAUUGUACAGAGAAAUAGAUUCAUGAUGUUGACAAUCUUUAAAAAUCUGAGAAGAAAAUAAUUGAAGAGUAGAAAUGUACAGUAGUUCAUUCAAGGUUUACCUCAGUACUAUUCUUGUGAGAAUCAUACAAACGCCAUACAAGCAGCAGCAGCAGGUCCGUAGAAAAGACAGAUGAUUACUCUGCACUGUGUGUGUGUGUGUCUGUGCGUGUAUGUGUAUGUGUGUGUGUGUGUGUGUGUGUGUGUGUGUGUGUGUGUGUGUGUGUGUGUGUGUGUGUGUGUCGAUGUUCACCUUCAGUGUGGAGGGAGAAGGGUUUUUUUAUUGUUAUUAUUGUGUGACACAUGAUUGUUUUAUUUCUGUGAAGUGGUUUCCUGAGCCACAUGUGAAUCUCUGGUCAUCUGUUUUGUUUUGUUUUUUAUUAUUAUUAUUAUUAUUAUUAUUAUUGUUAUAUUAUUUUUCAUUCGUUGUGACGUUCACCUCUCAGUUUUCACAGACCUGUAGACCCGCAUAUAGGAAAAAGAGAGAUUAAUGUUGCUCUUAACCCAAUUAGGAUGAUUUGUUAAUCAUCUUUAAAUGCUUUUGUGGACUUUUACUAACACAGACAAACUGGUUUGACGUUUUAAUAGUCGAAGAACUCGAAACCAAAGCUGAAGAGCCUGCAGAGGUUGGUUUUCCUUUUUUUAUAGACUGAAAACUGUACUUAAUCUAUAGAGCAAUAUCUGUUUGGUCAGUUAAGCAGCACUUUGUGUAUUUCUAAAAAAAAAAAAAAAAAAGCUUCAAGUCUGUCACAUUGAUUUGUACCAUAAUUAGUAAUAAACAAUUGUUUGACAUGAA